AUGGCAUCGAAAAGUCCGAGUGAGUCGUUGCUGCUCGAUCCAGGGUUGACGCCAUUAUACAAGCCCCUCGCAGCCAGAGAGAUCCGACUCCUCGUGCUCCAACCAGGCGUGUUUCGUGAGCGACUCAGGUGUGUCUUAAAGACAGUCUCACUCGAUGACGAACUCCCCUGCUUUGAAGCGCUGUCGUACUGCUGGAAUGAACUUCGAGACACCGUCAUAGUCGAUGAUCAUACCAUCUCUGUUCCGUCAGAUCUGGCUUGGUUCCUUCGCCGAUUAAGACGCAAGGCAACUCCGCGCACAGUCUGGGCAGAUUCUAUUUGCAUCAGCCAAAGCGACAACCAAGAGAAAGGACAUCAAGUCAGCAUGAUGCGUGAGAUAUAUGGACGUACUGCCGAAGCUCAAGUUUAUAUCUGCGAGUGCCCAGGCUCGAAUCGGCAGCAGGGAGAAGACGAGACCCUAGACGACGAGUAUCGACCUACCACUGGUAUGGCGACGAAAGAGACAUCCAUCUCUCUACGUUACUUGCAAAAUAUGGUCACCAGCCGUUGA